AUUUCACGCCUCGAAUAUUUUUAGUGUUUUGAUAUGACUUAUAUAAAGACUGAAAACGAAAGGCCAUGAGUUUCAUUAAUUACAUAUGCUGAAAGAGCCUAAUAUGGCAGCGCCCAUGAGUCGCGAACUUAAGUCUGCUAAAUAACGUGUGUACGAGAGUCUAGUCUACACAUUGUAUUUUAAUACCAGAUUUUGGCAGGUUUCAAUCUGAACUUUGUAUACCACCCCAAGGAGGCAUUUUAUUAAUAGGCAUAGUCAUUCACAACCUGUUAAACCCCGUGCGUACACACAUGGUACAACUUGCGCAUGUGUGUGGGCUCGUGACUGACGCGACUACUUUUAAGUUUUAGUCAGGGAAUUGGCCGCGAUACAAUUUACAAAAUGUAAUUUGAAAUCAGUCUACGCCGAGAAAGGACCGUGGACAACUGGCACGGUGGUACUUAGGCAAUAUGGUGCAAGACCAAGUUCCAUUAUUCUGAUUCAACCGUAGUUUAAAAUGAGUUUCCUUGGGGACAUCGCCUCAUUUUCUCGAACCUCCCUGAAGACAGUGGAGACUCAAGUAACAACACCAGCAGGCCAAGUUCUUGUUGAGACCAGAGUGGACGGGAGUUUCACCCAACGGCCGGUUGAGGGAAAGAGCUUAGGAUUUGUGGGUGAUGUGAAGCCGGACUUUCAAGUUGUUGAAGUGAGGCCCGGUCUUCUGCUUAGUUCCCAAGAUGUUGCAACGAACCUCGAUUUGCUUAAUCAACAUUGCGUGACACACAUCCUAAACGUUGCAACGGGCAUCAGCAAUGUCUUCCCGGACACAUUCGUGUACAAAACCGUGGAGAUUUUGGACUUGCCGGAGACAGAAAUAACAGGGUAUUUCGAAGAGUGUUUUCAGUUCCUUGACGUGGCGAGAGAUAUUAAAGGGACGGUACUAGUUCAUUGCAACGCUGGUGUUUCUCGCGCGCCCUCUAUCGUCAUCGGGUACAUUAUGUCCAAAGAGGGCGCAUGUUUCGAAGCCGUCUAUCAGGAAUUGAGGGGUUUGCGACCGGCUGUCGGACCAAACGACGGUUUCAGACGAAGUCUAUUGAAAUACGAAGCGACUCUGAAGAACAGAGAUAAUGACAGAGAAGUUUGAAAAGUAUUAAAUGAAGAUGUGUGAACUCAUCAUAUAAUCACUCUUGGAGGAAGAAUACAUUAAGAAGUGCCUCCAGAAUUAGAUGUCAGAUGUAACAGGAACAGGAAGAAAAUUGACCCCCAAUGUAAAGAAUGCCCCAGCCCUUUUAUCUCUAAAAACAAUUUAAAUAAACAAUGAUAUGGGUUAGGCCUAUAAGUGUAUUGAACAACUGAGCGUGAUGACGAUGCGUUAUAUGUAGUCGUUGUUGCACCAGUUUUUGUUAUGAAAUUUGGAUAAUAAUUGUGAUGUUGGUAUUGAGACGUGAUGUACUUCACGCGAUUAAUAUUAAUUCUGUAAUCCUCAAAACCUGAAUAGUGGUCAUCAAAGAAUGGCAUCAAUGUCUCAAAUCUUGAACAGUUCGAAGCUCCUCCUACACUCUAACGUGAUGCAGUUGGAGCCUUUUUGCUGGAGGGCGUUGAUACAAAUAUCGGACACAGCAGUAUAUAAAUAAUUGUGUAAUGUGGGUUUUUUAUGAUAGUUUUAUUAUACGUUGUAAAGCAAAACAUUGAAGUUCCCUUUGCCAGAUUCAUAAUUAUUUUCCCCUCUAGAGACUGUUUGAGCUAAAUUGCAUGUAUUGAUUUCAAUCAUUUGCACUGAUGGGUUACCUCUAUGGUCAGAGGAGAUACAAGGAUUAUCUGGUGGAAAUUAUGUACAAACUUUAUUGGAAAAGAACACGCAUUUUUACCGAGAUAUUUCAUCCAAGGCUUGCUGUAUAUUAAAAUAAUUGUAUACAUAAUAUUGA